AUGAUUCUCAGGAAGAUGGUUUUGAACAGUUCACUCCGCUGUUUUGGAAUCUUCCCAUCACAAGUUCCAUUGCUUGAAUUCGAGCAACGCAAGCUCAGCGACAGCUUAAAAGGAGCAGAACAUGGCAUCCGAAAAGAUGGUGAAAUGAAUGGAUGCAUUGGAAUAGAAUAUAGAAAUGACGUACGAAUGACGGAGGUGACAGUUCCGAAAACGGUGGCUAAAGAAUCAAUUUCUGGUUUGGAAGUAGUAGAGGUGGUUACGGCCGAGCUGCAAAGAAAUGGGAAGUUCUUUAUUCUUCCUAUGAAUGACGCUAUCGCUAUGGAAGCUGUCACGAAAGCUUUCAGACUUUUUCUCAAUAUCGGGAUUCAACCGGAGUUCAUCAUUGAUUCCUGCGUCUCUAUGCCUCAGCUGUUUGUAUCACUAACUCAAAAAGGAGAAACAAGCAUUCAGAUAAUCGAACUUAUUGUGGAUUUCUGCCAGCUUACUUACGAAGACUCCAUUCGCAUUUUCGCAACAUAUAAUGAAGAGCUACUAUCAGUAGGACCUGAAGAAGUUCAGAAAUGCAUGGAAGUACUUGAUUCAUUUGGAUUCCAAGACGAAAAAUUGGGAGAAGCCAUUUUUUCAUGUCCUGCGUUGCUUUUUGCCCAUAAGUCUAAUAGACUGGCGCAAAAUGCCGAGAAUUUAUUUUCCCAUUUCAGUAAAAAUCAGUUUUAUUCGUUGUUAAAAGCCUGUCCAGAAAUCUUGUUGGGCAAUACUAACGAAACAGAGGAUAAAAUUGAAUAUAUUUAUUGUCAUAUGCUCAUGGAGGGCGAAGACUUUGCAAACUGCACGAAUCUCGCACAAAUAUCAUUGGAGGAAUUGAUAGAUCGCCAUGAAUUCUUGCUGAAAACAGGCACUUAUAAAACUCCGGAUCUAAAAAGACCACAGUUAAAAGUGAAAAAUCCCAAACUAAAGAAGAUUCUGGAUAGCAGUGCGGAACAUUUCGCGAAAAGAAUAGGUCUUGUGUCCAUAGAGGAAUGGUACCUAUUCAAAGAGUUACAAAAUAAACGACGGCUAAUAGAAUCGGAGGGAAAAGUGCGUCCUUUUGAACGGAUCAAGCCAUCAAUGCGAAAGCAGUUGGAACGUAAGAAGAAAUCACUUCCGUCGAAUGAUUCUGAAACGUUUGAAUCAUACAAUGAAAGGUAUUAA